AAGAACAUUUAAUAUCUUCCCGCCACUGAGAGCUGAUGAAUUUCAAACAUGGAUGUAUUAAAAGAACUCUGACGAUACAUCCAUGAUCUCAAAGAAGAAAACAGCCCGGAUGCGGUUGAAGAAAAGGACAAAAGAUGUCAGACAAUAUUUCAGGGAGUGAAUGGAGAAAGGCCCUGACCUCCAUCCUGGAGGAGCUGUAUGAGUCAGAAUACAAGAAGAUGCUGUUUUGUCCCUGUUUUGACAAAAUCCCUAAAAGUCUGAAGACUGUCACGUCCAGAGAGGAGAUGCCCCAAAUAAUCAUCCAGUACUUCGGAGUAGAUGAGUCCAUCUCUGCAGUCGCUGAAGCAAUGGAUCUGAUACCGAGGAAGGACCCUGCAGUCCAGGACCUGCUGCGCCCCUUUGUGGACAAACUGAGGAAGAAACGUGAAGAAGAGAACAGAGAGUCCAUGAAGGAAAACAGGGAGAUAGCACCUGAAAACCAGAGGGUGACGAUGACACCGUUGGCUGAAACCAAAGGGAAGAAGAGGAAACAUGACAGUGAUUGGAAGUCAGCGGACGAGGAGCCAAAGCCUAAAACUAGGUUUAAGAGGAACAAUCUUGUGAGCUAUUCAGAUUCUUCUGAUGAGGAGCAAGAGGUUGCAGCUGAUCGAUUGAAGAGCAGCCAACCUGACAAGGAGAGAAAGAUUCCAACAUGGAGAAAAACCAUCAAAGAUGUACUGACCAGCGGUGACCUGGUUAACAAAACCAUAAUUGGGAAAGUUGUACAGAAAUCUGCUCUGCGCACAUAUGAAACCCAACAAAAGGAGAAAAGGUUUUUCUUUUAUCUGGGAGUCAGUGAUGAGACAUCCUGCAUUAAAGUGAAGAUGUACGGAAAAGAUCGCCAUCAAGAUAUCCAGGAGGGGAGCUGCUACUUGUUCAGAAAUGUAAUCAUGGAAGAAAAUGUCAUGAAAGUUACCAAACAGAGCAAAGUGGCAAGAACGAGUCCCAUUGACAUCCCUGAGGAGCUGGAGGUGGAAGCUGAGAUGCUCAUUUAUCCCCAGAAGCCAGUUUGCAGCAUAACAAAGGCCAAAAAGUAUGCUGACAAGACAGCAGUGAGUGUUGAAGGAACUGUGACAGAGAUUGGUCCUAUCGAACCUGCCAACAUGAAGAACCAACAGAGGAAGAAAGACAAGCAAGAAUUCCAACUUAAAGAUGGCAAAGAUUCCAUCAGGAUCACCUUGUGGGGCAAAGACACUGCACAACUCAGAGGAACAUCAGAUGGAGACUUUGUCAGAGUGACCAACGUGAGGACCAGUCACUACUAUGAAACCGUCUCGCUGAACUCAACCGAUUUCACCAGAAUUUACAAGAUUCAAAGUGCGGCCAUGCAGAAUGUCACAAUUGAGAUUAUAGGAAUCAUGAAUGCCAAUAUGACGGAGACUCAACUGGAAGCAAGCUUCAACGACCAGAUGGAAACGUUUGUUGUAUCUUCUGAACUUCUGGCAAAGGUGUAUGGUGUCAGACUGGACAGUGAUUUUGAAGAUAAGCUCAUUGAAAAAAUCCCUCUCUCAGCAAAUGUAGAAAUUAAAGGAAGUAAAAUUAAUGCAAUCACAGCAGCUGUGUGACAAGAGAUGUGAAAGUAACUUUCCUCCACACAGCCAGAUGUGAGAGUUGUCCUGUGUGUAAUGAUGGUGGUUUUCCUUGUUUUAUUGACCGGGUGUUUUGCCAGGGGGAUGAAAAAACAUUGGCACUCAUUUAUCAUUGAACACUUUUGGAAAACAUUUUUUAAAGACUUCUGAUUUUAUGACUUUUCAUCUAAAAGUCGAAAUUUUUAAUUUGUCCAACAAUUUGGUUUCUGACCAAAUACCUGCUUCACAACUAAUGACGUUCCCAUCAGCCUCAGCUGUACUUUAAUACUUUACUCAGCUGUACUUUACUUUUACAGCUGUGAAAUCACCGUAACUCAAUUGAGAAAAUUUGCCUGACCUCCAUAAAAAAACUGUUCUUAAAGAGACCACAGUCCAUCCUGUCAGACUGCUCCCAUCCCUGCAUCCAGAGUCCCAUAUCUUUCCUGCUGGCUCCUUUUCAGACUGCCGCUAGCUGCAACCAACAGAUACAAGUACUUUUUUACCCUCUGCUAUCACUCUGGUAAAUUCAGUAGGGAACAGGUCAUCUCAAUACCUUUAUGUGAAUUUCUUGUAUUUUAAUUGUUUGACUUUUAUACAUGUUUAUUUAUACAUUCUAUGUUUGUUGACAAUAAAGCUUUUGAAUCUUGAAUCUUUUU